GUUGAGGAGGGUUAUGAAACCAGGAACUCACUUGAACAUGCUCUCCCUCGGAUUUCAAGAGAAACCCAUAACAUUAGUAAUUGUCGCAAGGUUUUAUAACAACUUUACGAUUAACGUUAAAUAUCUCUGAGAAUCUUUUUAUUUUAAGGAAGAGCUUUUAUAACAUCGCUUAUAAGCUCGUGCACCAAGGUCAUAAGUAGCAGUAAAUGCGGUGGGAGCUAAUUCCUUUGUAACGUCUCUGGAGGGAGCUAAGCCUUUAACACGUGUGAUUUUUGUUAAGUUAAGACGCAGAGGUGCACGCUGAAAUAUGGCUGGACUUAUAAACUUUGCAGAUGAGAAUGAAGUGAAGCAGUUUUUGGAUAAUCUGGGAGUGGAGUACAGCUUCCAGUGCUACAGCGAGAAGGAUCCUGAAGGGUGCCAGCGGCUCGCAGACUAUAUGGAGGGGGUGAAGAAAAACUAUGAAUCUGCAGCACAGGUGCUCAAACAUAACUGUGAAACCAAUGGACAUGGAGAGAGCUGCUAUAAGCUGGGGGCUUACCAUAUCACAGGAAAAGGUGGAGUGACUGAGUGUCUGAAAACAGCCUACUCCUGCUUUAUACGCUCCUGCAAUGCUGGGGGAAAGAAGUCCGUAGAUGCCUGUCAUAACGUUGGUCUGUUAGCCCAUGAUGGACGAGCUAUGGAGGGAGGACCUGACCCUACGGCAGCCAGGCAGUACUAUGAGAAGGCCUGUGCCGGUGGCUUCGCUCCCUCGUGCUUUAACCUCAGUGCUUUGUUCAUUGAGGGCAAUUCCAAAGGGCUGGCGCCAGAUAUGACUCUAGCUUUGAAGUACGCCAACAGAGCUUGUGAGCUGGGACAUGUGUGGGGCUGCGCCAAUGCAAGUCGCAUGUACAGACUGGGGGAUGGUACAGAGAAGGAUGAGAAGAAAGCGGAGGAGCUGAAGAAUCGAGCGAAGGAGCUGCAUGGUUUAGAGAAGGAGAGGCAGCUGAAAUUUGCGGAGUGAAUGAUUAUUGUUAUCAUUGUUUUGGUUUGCCUGCACAUGUGGCGAUCAGUCAGGUUAUGUGUGUGAACAGGUAUAUAUGUGCGUGUACAAACAAAACCUGGCGUGGUCGUUCAAAGGUCGGAGGUGAUCUGUUGUUAGUUUAAAAGC